AUCGUUUAUCCUCUAUGUUGCUUACAUCAAGACAACUUGACUUAGAUACACAUUAAUGUCAUAUCAAAAUAAACCAAUUUCGCAAUAAUCGAAUCUUGUGACUGAAGAUAAGAUUUUGAUAUAAAUACUAGUAUGCUGCAACUUUUAAAUAAAAAUUGAUAAACAAAUUGAAGUAGUUCUACGUUAAAGAAGCACGACAUUUUAAAUAUGAUGAGUCUGUUGAGUAUACUGGGUUUGGUAGCACUGGUUCCGUUGGUAGCGUCAAACUGUUGUUUACCAUCUCAAUGGGAAGGCGCUGAAGGUUUUCAUGUUGGAACAGUUAUGAAUGGAACAGUCAGAGUAUCACAGGGUUUUAUGAAUAUAUCUGCCGACACAACUGGCGAGAAGAUUGCACUGAAUAUGACUGUGACCACUGGUAUUGUAGGAGCAAAAAAACAUACAUCAGAUAUGUUUGUGUUACAAGACUAUGGCCAUAAGAUGCAGUACGUUGUUGAGAAAGGCGUGUGUACAAAAUCAGCAAUGCAAGGUCCAUUUACAUUCAACUGCGUUCCUAGUAAUGCAACAAUUGUUAUGAAGACGACGAUUGGAUCAGACCAUACACCAGGGACAAUCUUUAAGAUACCUUUUGGCAGUAUUGGAGACGGUUAUUUGACUAUAACAGAUAAUGACUGUAUCCCUGUGCUAUACCAGGUUACUGCUAAUAUCAAUGGAAGGCAGACAAUGGAAUCAGUUGGUAUAUAUGAUGUCAAGAAAGGAAUAAAAGACAUGUCAGUGUUCACUGUUCCAGACAUUUGCCGCACACCAGGAACUGUUAUUAGCGUCAGCAGACCACAGAUAAAAGUUGGAUUUUAAAUAGAC